AUGAACUCCCUCAGGGUGGAGCCUGGUGGAGUCCGAUGGUUGAGACCAGGUCUGAGGAAGUAUUUCUGUGAACUCACCAUCGACACAAACACAGUAAACAGAGAGAUCAAACUGUCUGACAACAACAGGAAGAUGACACGUGUGGAGGAAGAUCAAUCAUAUCCUGAUCAUCCAGACAGAUUUGACCAGUGUCCUCAGCUGCUGUGUAGUAAUGGUCUGACUGGUCGCUGUUACUGGGAGGUCGAGUGGAGAGGAAGGGUUUAUAUAUCAGUGAGUUACAGAGGAAUCAGAAGGAAAGGAGACAGAGAAAACUGUUUGUUUGGAUGGAACGAUCAGUCCUGGAGUCUGAGCUGCUCUGAUGGUGGUUACUCUGUUUGGCACAAUAACAAAAAGACACCUGUCUCCUACUCCUCCUUCUCCUCUUCAUCAUCUUCCUCUGUCUCUGACAGAGUAGCAGUGUAUGUGGACUGUCCUGCUGGCUCUCUGUCCUUCUACAGAGUCUCCUCUGACUCUCUGAUCCACCUCUACACCUUCAACACCACAUUCACUGAACCUCUGUAUCCUGGGUUCAGGUUCUGGUGGUCUGGUUCCUCAGUGUCUCUGUGCAAAGUUUAGCAGAGAGUCUCCUCCUGAGUAGUGCUUCUCAAUUAUUAUCUGUUACCCCACACGUGACCCCUGGGUGCGCCCCACUAUUUGAGAAGGACUGUGUUAGAGAAGCUCUUUCACUGUUGAACAGAUAGUUCAGUCUGUACAUGUCUGUCUCUUUCACUCACACACACCUUUUCAGAUUCAUGUAUUAAAGCAGUUUAUUUGUUAAACUCUUCUAAAUGAUUCCUUGUAAACU